AUGAAGUUCCUCUGCUCCAUUCUCUUCCUUGGCCUUGCGGCCGCCGCCCCUCUCGAGGCCUUUGCACCCUUGCCGAACGAGGUCAAGAUCGUAGGCAUUAGUGCCAUCGGAUCUGGUUGCCCAGUCGGUCAUGCUUUUGCAACGGUUGAUUCGACCGGUACCAUCUUUGACGUGGCCUUCGACCAGUAUGUUGUCGAAACCGGUCCGAAUACUUCGGCUUCGGAUGCUCGCAAGAAUUGCCGCGUCUCUCUUAAUAUAGAGUUCCCACAAGGGCUGCAGUUCUCUGUUGUGGAUACUACGUUUAGCGGCUAUGCUUCCCUCGCCUCUGGGCAGACCGGAACCUGCAGGGCCGCCUAUUCUUUCUCCGGCGGCGGCGGCUCCGUUGCUGCGCAGAAGACGAUCAGAGGUCCCGUCGAUACCAACUAUGAGAUGAAUGAAAAGGUCGAUCUCAUCACUUGGUCGCCAUGCGGAGACUACACUGCCAUCCUCAACGUCAACUCCGAAGUACGCAUCACGCCAACGAGCAGCACUUCCAGAGGCCUCAUGACUGUCGACUCUUUCGACGGACGGCUCCAUGUGCAGUUCGCGGCUUACUGGCGCAGUUGCUAA